UUGAAAAUGUAAAAAAAAUCAGAUUUUUUGUGACAGAAAUGUGCUCCUCCUCUUUCCCCCAUCUACAGUUGCUCUAACACUCUUAGCAAACCACCCAGUUCUUUGUUUUCUUUAACAUACAGUAAUUGAAGCUCAUGUAAAGGGAGCCGUGCAUCCCGUGGCUCCUCCCCGCUGCCGCCGCUGAAUGUAAAGCAGCUCCGGCAGAUAAAGGCAUUGCUGACCGACUGGCUCCGUAUCCGUGGUUCUGCUUCCUGCUGGUGUGAAACGGUUCCGGACUUUGAACGUUCAUCUGAGUCAGACUUUAAAAUGUCAGCUGGCGGGCAGGAAGCCAGCAGGUGAAGAGGAGCGGUCAGACAGAGGAAGAGGAACAGCUCCUCUUCUUCCACUUGUUGCUGAGCGAAGGCUCGUAUUUCCAGAAUCAGAAAGUCUCACUUUCACUUCAUGGCUCGGUUUUCCGCCCUUCCCAUCGCUCCCAUCGCGCUGCUGCUGUUCGGACUGGUCGGCAUCCUGCUGCUCACCAUUCCCUCCCAGGACGUCCAGGACGCGCCGGGGUUCAUGUAUGGGAUUGUCCUGGAUGCCGGUUCUUCCCACACUUCUUUGUUUAUCUAUAAGUGGCCUGCAGAUAAACAAAAUGGCACCGGCGUGGUCACCCAGCACAGCGAAUGCACUGCAGACGGUGGGGGGAUUUCUGAAUACGCUGGCCGGGUCGGAGAGGCUGCCCAAAGCUUACGGGAGUGUCUGAAUCAGGCUGUUAAAGAGAUUCCCAAAGAGAAACACCCCAACACACCUGUGUACCUGGGAGCCACGGCCGGCAUGAGGCUGUUGAACAUCUCCAAUCCAAAGCAGUCGGAUCAGAUUCUGGCCGAAGUGGGCAGUGAGAUCCGGUCGUUUCCUUUCAACUACAGUGGAGCGGUGAUCCUGGACGGACAGGAGGAGGGCGCCUACGGCUGGGUCACCGUCAACUACCUGCUGAGAAACUUCAUCAAGUACGACUUUGUCGGCCGCUGGUUGAGCUCCGGCGGAGCGACGGUGGGAGCGCUGGACUUCGGCGGCGCGUCGACACAGAUCACAUUCGUCACGCAGGAGAAGGUGGAGAACGAAGCAAACAGGAAGGAGCUGCGUCUCUAUGGCCAAGAUUACUCGCUGUACACUCACAGCUUCCUGUGCUACGGCCAGAAUCAGCUUCUAAAGAAACUGCUGGCUCAAAUCGUGAAGUCUCAGGGUUACGCUCCAGAGGUCAGUCAUCCCUGCUAUCCUGCAAACUUCACUGGGCCGCUGGAUAUGAAGAAUAUCUUCGACUCGCCGUGCACCGAGCAGUACAAACCCGAAGCCUACAACCCUCAGAAGAACUGGAGCUUGACGCUACGCGGCAGCGGACAUUACGAGAACUGCUUGGGCAAUGUGUCUGAACUCUUCUCCCACGACGGUUGUCCCUUCUCACGGUGUUCAUUCGACAAAGUCUUCCAACCGAAAGUCACUGGCAGCUUCAUGGCAUUUUCUGCUUUUUACCACAUUCACUCAUCCCUGCAGAAUGUCACAGGGGUCAAGGUCAAAACGUCGCUGCAGCUGGAGAACGCCACCAAGAAGGUGUGCAGCAUGAACUGGAGCCAGCUGCAGAUGGUGUCUGAUAAAAAAAACAUCGACCGUGUGAGGAAUUACUGCGCUUCCUCUGUGCUCCUCCAAGCUCUGCUGCUGAGAGGAUACGGCUUUGACGACUCGUCGUUCCCUGACAUUUCCUUUCAGAAUACGGCGGGCGACACGUCGGUGGGCUGGGCUCUGGGCUACAUGCUGGUGCUCAGCAAUUUGCUGCCUGCAGAAAGCGCCGGGGUGAGGAAGACUCUCACCGUCGGAGCGUGGGGGGUGCUCCUCUUCCUCUUCAUCGUCCUCCUCGUCAUCUGUGUCUUUCUGCUGUUUCGAGCGCGAAGCAAGAGGAAGAAAGGAGGCGAUGAAAACGUCAUCUAGAUACAACAUCAUGCCUCCAGAGCUGUGAAGAAAAGAAACAUGCAGGACGUUUGGUUUUUGUUGUUAUUGCUUCUUCCAGAAACUUCAGUGUAAAUCUGCUUGCCCAUCAUCUGCAGCCUGGCAUUUGUUUGAGCUGUUUGUCUUUUUAAUUAGAUUCAUAAACAUUUCAAUGACACCAGACGGCCACUAAGCUUGAACUUAACAUGACUGUUUGGCCUGGUUUGUAAAGUUACACUGUCAAAAAUGAACAGUAAUAAUUUGGGCUGUUUGUCAUGAAUGGAAAAAAACAGGGUUUAAUUUUUUUAACAUAAUUUCAACAUUUUAAUCGCACAUUUAUAAAUAUUGGUUUAAAAUUAAAUAUGUAAUUUAAAAAAACAAAAAAAGGGAUUAGAAAGUAAGAACCUUGUUAGCAAACAAAAUAUUUAGUUCCAAACUAAAUAUGUAGCUUGAAGCUAGACAUAUAACUAGAAAACCAGAUAUUUAAUCAGCAAACUAAAUAUUUAUGCUUAAAUAUUUAAUUAGCAAACUAUAUUUAAUUAGCUAAGUAAAUAUGUAGCUUUUAUCUAAAAAUCCUGGCUUAAGCUAAAUAUUUAGCUUGCUAAUUAAAUAUUUAGCUUGAAACAAUAUAGCUAAUUAAAAAGCUAAAUAUUUAACAUCAAAUUAAAUGUUAAGCUAGGAGCUCAAUAUGUAACCAGCAAUCUAUAUAUUUAGUUCCACACAAUAUAUUUAGUUUUACACUAAAUAUUUGGUAAAUAUGUAGCUUUCUAGCUAAUUAUCUAGCUUCAAACUAAACACUUGGCAUUUAGCUUGCUAAUUAAGUAUUGAGUUUCAAGUUACAUAUUUAUUUUGAAGCUAAAUAUUUCGCUAUGAAGCUUAAUAUGCCUGUUUUCACAGGGGUUAGGAACCUGAACUGCCUGUAGCUGAAAUCCAUGAAUACUUCAGGCCUCCUCAAAAAAUGCCUAUUUUAAUACUUCAAACACCAAAUAUAUCUUAAUAUGCGUCUAUACGCACAGUAGAAACCAUCUUGGCACCACAGAUGCUAACAAUCAGCGAAAAGAAAAAUGAACGGCGCUCCUGGAUUGGUCACAGACACAAACCAGAGGCGCCUCAAUUAGUAUUGCGUCUUCCCAUAUCAGUUUUCUGUUUCUGUACAAAUUAGGCUAACAGUUGAAUUUUCCAUGAAUAAUUUGGAGUUAGGUUUCACAGAAAAACUCUUGGGACCAGAAUUACUGAUUAGAACGCAAUAUUUGUCGCCUUUUAAGUUUCAAUCGUCAGCAAUUCACAUUUUGAAUGUCAAUAUUGAAUUUCAAAUCAGCUUUAUUUUGUCUAAUCAAACAAGGAAUACGUGCACAUUUUAUUUAAAAUAAAACAUUUUAGAGGAAAAAAUGGUAAUGUUUUAGCUUGAAGAGCCCUAAAGUUGACCACCUGGUCCCAAAAUUAAAAAUCUAAAUCUUUCCCUAUCAGAACCAGGACUAGGCAGCACAGGUUGAGCUGACUGCAACACUCUUUAGUGUGUAGGUUUUUACUGAGGGCAAACAUGAGUCCAUUAGCACCAUGGGAAUGUUUCAUUAAAUCACAGAUGGAGUGAACUGACCUCCAGGUAACUCUGUCGGUCUUUAUAGGAGAUUGACAUUAUUUUUAUGUGAUGUGUGGUAUUUAAUGUAGAGAUGCACCAGUCAACUGUAAAGUCACUGAACUGGCCAUUUAUUACAUAAUCAGCAGGUCAAAUACUGAAAAAUCUGAUUUUGUUUUGUUUCUGACGUGCAUGAAACUGGAAAACUCCCCCUUUCCUUUGGUCUUUUAACAUAUUAUCAAACAUGUUUUUUAUGCACUGAAGAUGUUAAAUGAUAUGAGAUUUUCUGCAUAAAUUAAGAUAAUUGUUUAAUAAUACUGUAUAUGUUGGACUCAAAGUUAACUAUAAAUGGACCGGCAGCACAUUUUUCUACUUAAUUUAAUGGUUCUUGUUUGUUACAUUGAGCAAAGCAAAUUGGACACGAGUUUGUUAUAACAGGAAAAUAUCAAUUGACAGGAAUUCAUUGUGAGAGCUAAUUCAACACUUGCAUAUCGAAUAUUGUUAUUUUCUACACUUUAUAAAGUCCAUGUUAGAUUUCACUGAGCUGCCAUUUCGUCCAAUCAAGAUGGCAGACUUUUUGUUGAAUAAAAAUGUUGUGACCAUUACUGUACAUUCUGACUGAUGUGUUUGGUCUGCAAAUACAUUACAAGAGUUAAUUUCAA